AGCCCUGCCCGCAUGGAGGCCCGAUCCCGGUCCGCCCCCCCCGGGCUGAUCCCCUUGGGGCGGAUCGCAGCCCGAUCCCGGUCAGCUGAGGGCAGGAAUGGCUGCGGAGCGGCAGUGUAGUUUACUAAUUUUUGCAAAGGAAAUCUAAUUCAGCCCAUGCUGUGAAUGGAGUCCCAGCCCCUGCUGAGUGCACCCAGCAAGUUUCCCAGCUGGACCUUGUUUCUGGCUGUUUGCUCGGUGGGAAUUGGAGGGACGUUUCAAUAUGGAUAUAACGUUUCCAUUAUCAAUGCCCCCACUCAGCACAUACACAAGUUCUUAAAUGAAACCUGGGCCAGUCGUUAUCACGUGGAACUCGAUCCCAACCUGCUGACUUUUCUUUGGUCUGUUAUUGCUUCUAUCUUUACACUCGGUGGCCUGUGUGGAGCCCUGAUUGGAGGCAGCAUGGCAAUUCAGCUGGGCAGGAAAGGAGCUCUUCUGAUGAAUAACGUUAUAGCCAUCCUGGCUGCCAUUUUAAUGGGGAUCAGUUUUCCAACAGGAUUGUUUGAGUUGCUGAUUGUUGGAAGGUUUUUGAUUGGUAUAAAUUCAGGUGUUGGGUUCUGUGUGCAGCCUUUGUACCUUGGGGAGGUUGCCCCAAAGCAUCUCAGAGGAGGCAUGGCCAUGGGUAGCUCCAUCUUUCUGACCGGGGGCAUUCUGACAGGACAAAUAAUUGGUUUGAGGGAAAUAUUAGGUGCAGAAGCAUAUUGGCCUCUUUUGCUAUCCAGCAGCUGUGUUCCAGCAGUUGCCCAACUUUUGUUCCUGCCCUGGUUUCCCGAAAGUCCCAGAUAUCUUCUUAUUGAUAGAGGUGAUGAGCUGAGCUGUGCCAAAGCUUUGAAGCGACUUCACGGUUCUUCACAGUAUCAAAGGGAGAUGGAAGACAUCCAGCGGGAAUGCUUCGCCUUAGAUGGGGAGAAACCCAAGAAGCCCUGGCAGCUCUUCACUGAUCGUGCCGUGCGAUGGCAGCUCGUUACUGUUGUUGUGAUGACUAUGGGCCAGCAGCUCAGUGGGAUAAAUGCUAUUUAUUUCUAUGCAACCUAUGUUUUUGAGCAAGCUGGGAUCUCAGCUGACAAAAUCCCCUACGUGACUCUUGGCACUGGCACUUGUGAAUGUCUGACAGCACUCACCUGUGGUUUACUUAUAGACCGCGUGGGAAGAAGAUACCUCAUCCUUGGGGGAUACCUCCUUAUGACCCUCUGGAGUGUUGUUCUGACGUUCUCUCUGACUUACCAGGAACUGCACUCCUGGGUGCCUUAUGUGAGCAUGAUGUCCGUAUUUGCCUUCAUACUGAGCUUUGGGCUGGGACCAGGUGGCAUAACCAACACGCUGAUGGCUGAGAUCUUCGUGCAGUCCUCGCGUCCUGCUGCCUGCAUGAUUGGAGGGGCUGUUAGCUGGAUUAGUUUCUUCACCAUUGGAAUGCUUUUCCCUUUCAUAGUGAGAGGCCUGAAGCAGUACUGCUUUGUGGUGUUCCUACUGGAGUGCUCCUCGGUUGCUGCUUUCAUCUUCCUUGUCAUUCCUGAGACAAAAAACAAAUCUUUUCUGGAGAUCGAGAAGGAAUUUCACAAACUGAACUUUGGAAGAAGCAAAGAAAAGGAAACAGAACUUAAUGAAAGAAGCCAACUCCAUGAUGAGUAUUAAAAGAAGUAUUUUCCCAGCUGUAACAGAAUGAACUUAAUGAGAAUUACAAAUGCUGUCCUAUGAAUUAGCACUGUAAUGCUGUGAACAAGUAGUUUAUUGCUUCCUCCUGCUGAGUUGGAGCUUAAGUAAAGGCAAAUAAAUCUUCAUGAUCUGCUGUUACGACUGCUGGUAGAAUGUAUGAUACAGAAGGCCCAGCAGCUGCCUUUGGACAGGCACUGUACUGUACUUCAGGAGCUCUUUUAGUUCUAAGCUCCUUCCUCAGAUCCAAGCAUCUGUUAGUGCUUUACAGAAGAAUACAUGGCUCAUAGUCUGAGGUGUUCAACCCAAACACGAUCCAACCCACUGCAAAGCUGCUGUUUAUGAUCUGCUACUGAGAACAUUAACUUAAGUCUGCGGUUGCUGUUUCUUAAUAUCAAUAAUCUCAGUGUAAGGUUUAAGAACAUCAGAUCCCUAUUAGUCCUCAUGCACAGACACGGGCAGUCCAUCUCAAGGCAGUGUGACACUGAUGUGAUUUAUCUUAAUCAGGUUAUCUUAAGUGAUAAUGAGGUUUAUUAGAAAGCUUUGUUUCCUAGAAUAGUAGUAAUAAAGCAGUUAUUGGUGUUUGA